CCAGCGUGUUGUGCUCUUUAUCGCAGUGCACCAACUAAAACCUCAAUAUAUGUCGAGAGGGAAGAAAUAUUCAAGUCUCUAUCAUUUAAUGCACACCUCAACUACCUGUCCAAACAACACUUAAUCUACAUUUGUAAUAGCAGUAAUAGUAGUUGUAUCGCUGCACCUUCUUCAGUUUUUCGUCAUUUUUCAUCUCUCUCACACACACUGACACAACCAUUGAACUAACCAGUAACCACCCUCACACCACCACCAACAUCUCAUAUUAUUAUUGUUAUUAUAUUCUAUUUUCUUUGAGUUUGUUAGGCGGAUAGGGGUUUCGUGAGUUGCCAGCUUGCCAAGAAGGUGGCUGAGGGGGCGCAAUGUGGAACUCGGCAGAUAAUGCGUUUGCGAGAUCGUCGUCGUUUCGGAAGGAAGGGGAGGAUGAGGAGGCACUGCGGUGGGCCGCGCUUGAGAGGCUCCCUACCUACAGGCGAGCACGGAGGGGGAUCUUCAAGAAUCUCGGUGGCGAUAAGAGGGAGGUCGACGUCGCAGACCUUGGCGCACAGGAGCAUCGGAUCCUUCUCGAGAGGCUCGCCGAUGCACUUGACGACGAUCCUGAGACGUUCUUUCAGCGAAUGAGAAACCGAUUCGACGCAGUAGAUUUGGAGUUUCCAAAGAUUGAAGUUCGAUUUCAAAACUUAACUGUAGAGACUUUUGUCCAUGUAGGAAGUAGAGCAUUGCCUACAAUUUCCAAUUUCAUUUGCAAUAUGAGUGAGGCUUUUUUACGGCAACUGAGGAUAUUAAGAAGGAAGAGAAGCAAAUUGACCAUUCUUGCCGAUAUUAGUGGGAUUAUAAGGCCUUCAAGACUAACGCUGUUGUUGGGUCCACCAAGCUCUGGAAAAACGACACUUCUAUUAGCUCUUGCUGGUAGGCUGGGACCUGGUUUACAGAUGUUAGGGAACAUUACGUACAAUGGACAUGGCUUGAAUGAGUUUGUUCCUCAAAGAACGUCUGCUUAUGUUAGUCAACAAGAUUGGCACGUGGCAGAGAUGACCGUGAGGGAAACUCUCCAGUUUGCAGGCCGCUGUCAAGGCGUCGGAUUUAAAUUUGAUAUGCUGCUAGAGCUUGCUAGGAGAGAAAAGAGUGCUGGAAUAAAACCAGAUGUUGAUCUUGAUAUCUUCAUGAAGUCAAUUGCUCUUGGAGGACAGGAAACAGAUCUUGUGGUAGAGUACAUCAUAAAGAUAUUAGGUUUAGACAUAUGUGGAGACACAUUGGUGGGCGAUGAAAUGCUCAAGGGCAUCUCAGGAGGACAAAAGAAGCGACUUACAACAGGAGAGUUACUAAUUGGUCCAGCAAGAGUUCUGUACAUGGACGAGAUAUCAACUGGCCUCGAUAGUGCAACCACUUACCAAAUCAUUAGAUAUCUUAAACAUUCUACCCGUGCACUUGAUACAACCACUAUCAUAUCUCUUCUUCAACCAGCUCCUGAGACCUAUGAAUUGUUUGAUGAUGUCAUUCUAUUGUGCGAGGGUCAGAUUGUUUAUCAAGGACCUCGUGAAUCUGCUCUUGAAUUUUUCAAAAUGAUGGGGUUCACUUGUCCUGAGAGAAAGAAUGUAGCAGAUUUCUUACAAGAAGUUACGUCAAAGAAGGACCAGGAGCAGUACUGGUCCGUUCUCGACCAGCCUUAUCGGUACAUACCUGUUGGCAAGUUUGCCGAAGCGUUUUCAUUGUUUCGCGAAGGAAAGAACUUAUCAGAGGAACUAAGUGCUCCUUUCGAUAAACGCUACAAUCAUCCCGCAGCCUUGGCUACUUGUACCUAUGGCGCCACGAGGCUUGACCUUCUCAGGACAAAUUACCAGUGGCAGAAGCUUCUUAUGAAACGGAAUUCAUUCAUUUAUGUUUUCAAAUUUGUUCAGCUGUUUUUGGUUGCUUUAAUUACAAUGAGUGUAUUUUUCCGGACAACGAUGCACCAUAAUACAAUUGACGACGGGGGAUUAUAUCUUGGUUCACUGUACUUUUCUAUGGUUAUUAUUCUCUUCAAUGGUUUUACGGAGGUGUCAAUGUUGGUUGCAAAGCUUCCAGUUCUGUACAAGCAUAGAGAUUUGCACUUCUAUCCUAGCUGGGCAUAUACAAUCCCUUCUUGGUUCCUUAGCAUCCCAACUUCUCUCAUGGAAGCUGGUUGCUGGGUUGCUGUCUCUUACUAUACAAUUGGAUAUGAUCCUUCAGUUAUCAGAUUUUUUCGGCAAUUCUUGCUUUAUUUCUUUCUGCACCAGAUGUCUCUAGGCCUAUUUCGUCUGAUAGGAUCCUUGGGGCGGAACAUGAUAGUGGCCAAUACUUUUGGAUCCUUUGCCAUGUUGAUUGUGAUGGCUCUUGGCGGAUACAUCAUUUCAAGAGAUCGCAUUCCAAGUUGGUGGAUAUGGGGAUUUUGGAUUUCUCCUUUAAUGUAUGCACAAAAUUCGGCUUCCGUAAAUGAGUUCAUUGGGCAGUCUUGGCAGACAGUGCAAAAUCAGGUCACCAACUAUACCUUGGGUAAGCUAGUGUUGAAACAGCGAAGUUUGUAUCAAGAGAGCUAUUGGUAUUGGAUUGGUCUUGGAGCAAUGGUUGGAUAUACAAUUUUGUUCAACACAUUAUUUACUAUCUUCUUAGCUUACCUUAAUCCUUUGGGAAAACAACAAGCUGUAGUUUCAAAGAGUGAGCUACAAGAAAGAGAAAAGAGAAGGAAAGGUGAAAGCGUUAUUGUUGAGUUGAGAGAAUACUUGCAGCAUUCAGCAUCCAGUGGAAAGCAUUUCAAACAAAGAGGAAUGGUUCUCCCAUUUCAACCUCUUUCCAUGGCUUUCAGCAAUAUCAAUUACUAUGUGGAUGUCCCUUUGGAAUUGAAACAACAAGGGAUACAAGAAGAAAGGCUGCAGCUGCUUGUUAAUGUUACUGGAGCUUUUAGGCCUGGAGUGUUGACAGCAUUGGUUGGAGUAAGUGGGGCUGGAAAAACCACGCUAAUGGAUGUCUUGGCUGGAAGAAAAACUGGAGGUGUUAUAGAAGGGAACAUAUACAUAUCUGGUUAUCCCAAAAGGCAAGACAGUUUUGCAAGAAUUUCUGGUUAUUGUGAGCAGACAGAUGUUCAUUCCCCUUGCUUGACUGUCUGGGAGUCAUUAUUGUUCUCUGCUUGGCUCCGGUUAUCUUCAGAUGUUGACUUUGAAACACAAAAGGCCUUUGUUGAGGAGGUAAUGGAGCUUGUGGAGCUCACUCCAUUGAAAGGGGCACUAGUUGGUCUACCUGGAAUUGAUGGCUUGUCAACAGAACAACGAAAAAGAUUAACAAUAGCAGUUGAACUGGUUGCAAACCCAUCUAUAGUUUUCAUGGAUGAGCCCACUUCUGGAUUGGAUGCCAGGGCUGCAGCCAUUGUAAUGAGAACUGUUAGGAAUAUAGUGAAUACUGGCCGAACCAUCGUGUGCACAAUCCAUCAGCCUAGCAUAGACAUAUUCGAAUCGUUUGAUGAGCUUCUGUUUAUGAAGCGUGGAGGAGAGCUCAUAUAUGCUGGUCCACUUGGCCCUAAAUCUAGUGAACUUAUCAAUUAUUUCGAGGCAGUGGAAGGGGUUCCGAAGAUCAGGUCCGGAUAUAACCCUGCAACAUGGAUGUUGGAGGUUACUUCUUCAACAGAAGAAAACCGUUUGGGAGUGGACUUUGCAGAAAUAUACCGAAGAUCAAGUUUAUACCAGUAUAAUAAAGAAUUGGUUGAAAGCUUGAGCAGGCCGAGCAAUAAUUCAAAAGAGUUGCAUUUUCCAACCAAGUAUUGUCGGUCAUAUUUUGAUCAGUUUCUAACUUGUCUUUGGAAGCAAAAUCUAUCUUACUGGCGUAACCCACACUACACUGCUGUUCGCUUCUUUUACACUGUCAUCAUCUCCUUGAUGCUUGGGACAAUAUGCUGGAGAUUUGGUGCUAAAAGAGAGAUGCAGCAAGAUCUAUUCAAUGCCAUGGGAUCCAUGUAUUCUGCAAUCCUCUUCAUCGGCAUAACAAAUGGCACAGCCGUUCAACCUGUUGUUUCGGUUGAAAGAUUUGUUUCAUAUAGAGAAAGAGCUGCUGGGAUGUAUUCGGCCUUACCAUUUGCUUUUGCUCAGGUUAUUAUUGAGUUUCCUUAUGUGUUCGCACAGGCUAUGAUAUACUCCACAAUUUUCUAUUCUAUGGCUUCCUUUGUCUGGAGUGUUGAUAGGUUCAUAUGGUACUUGUUCUUCAUGUAUGUUACUAUGCUGUAUUUUACCUUCUAUGGAAUGAUGACAACGGCUGUCACACCAAACCAUAAUGUUGCUGCCAUUAUCGCUGCUCCAUUUUACAUGUUAUGGAACCUUUUCAGUGGUUUUAUGAUUCCUCACAAGAGAAUCCCUGUUUGGUGGAGAUGGUAUUACUGGGCAAACCCUGUAGCCUGGAGUCUUUAUGGUCUCCUGACUUCACAGUAUGGUGGUGAUGAAAAAUCUGUGAAGCUAUCCAAUGGGAAUUCCAUGGCUAUUUCGCAAGUACUCAGAUUGGUGUUUGGGUACAGGCAUGAUUUCUUGUGCGUUGCCGCUGUUAUGGUUGCUGGCUUCUGCGUAUUUUUUGCAAUAAUAUUUGCCUUUGCAAUUAAAUCCUUCAAUUUCCAAAGGAGAUGAUGGUAUUUAUAUGCACUUGCAAAGCCACCAAAAUUAUGUACUCAAUAUUGUUGUAUGUCGGAUUCUCCGCACCUCAUAAAAUAAGUGUGUAUAGCGGUAUUGCCAUAUAUAGCAUACAUAGAAGAACUAGAAUGUGCUUUUAGGGUUUGUAAACUAAUAAGAAUAUAUUGUCAAAUUUUUAUUGGUUUGAGUAUAAUUGAUUGUAAAUUCAUAUA